UGACCCGCUACAAUGUGGCUUUUGUGACUCUUUUUAAAUUUCUUCACUUUAAGUUGGGUCUGAACAAUGAUGGCAGAUCAUACAUCACAGAUCAAAUCACCUGUAGACAAUAAGUAUAAUUCAGACAUGGAUAAUCCGGACAAUAUAGAUAACAAUAAAGAUGGUACAAUACGAAGUCUUGAAGAAAAACUCAAAUUGUUAGAUGAAGAAAAGUUAGAUCUUGAAAAUCAAAUUUAUGCAGCUGAGAAAAAAUAUCAUGAACAAUUGGAUUCUUAUUUAGCGCGUUAUAUUAAUGCAGACUUCAGUUUAGCUCAAAUGGAAUAUAUAUUGCCUACUAAAAGAGCGAAAUUUAGUAAAGUACAUGCAUCAACAACAUCUGGUUAUUCAUCAAAUUCUAUUGGUAUUGAUGCUAGUUCAUUAAUUACAUUGAAACAUUUCUUUGAACCUUCAAUGAAUCUUGUUUAUAAAAAAUUACAUGAAAUAACAAAAGAAGCACAAAAUAAAUAUCGACAAAGUAAUGAUGAUAUGUUAGCAUGGAGAUUUUCACCAGAAAGUACAAUAGGGAAAUCAUUAAUGUCACGUAUUCGACAAUUGUUAAACGCUAAUGAAGAACUAGGUCGAGUCAAUCAAACUGAUCGUGUAGCUAGAUUAGAAUCAGAAGCUGAAUUACAAACAACAUGUAUGAAAGAAUUUAUCAAAACCAAUGAAGACAUUGAAGGUGUACUAGAAGAAGCCUAUACAGAUUUAGAAGGUCUUCAGAGUAGUUUGUUAAUCUUGCAACAACAAAUAAAUCACACCGAAUCAGUUGUUGAAACUUUACAGAAUGAACUAGAAUCACGUCAACCUGGUAUAGUCGCUGAACUGAUGACUGCAAUGCUGUCAAAGUUAGGUAGCGAAACAGAAACCGAAGUUGGUAAUGAUGAUGUUGAUAAUGAUAAUUGUAAAUCAACACCUGAUAUACAUAAUAAUCAAUCGGAACAGGAUGAUAUGCAAAGUAACACUGAUAAUGUCAAAUUAAAUGAAACAUGUAAAGAGGAAAAGUAAACUCUAUAAACUUUAUUUUGUAUGUAAAUACGUAUAAUGACUACUGUUUUUUGUACAGACAGAUGUUUUUCAUGUAUUUCUUCAUCUUUCAUAUUACACAUAUUUAUUAUAUAAAGAGAAUUUUGAUAUUUAUUACAUUGUAGAGUUUUGGUCACAUAGUGUAAUUACGUUUAAGUGUUGUCUGUCUGGAUCUCUAUUAUUAUAUCAUUAAAUGAAAGUUCUGUAUUAGACAGUUCUCUUGUCAUAUAAUGCACAUGUAAGAAUCAAAUAAUCGUGAAACUAAAUAAAUCGAAAAGUUCUGUUUUCAGCGAAUUCAUUUCCAAAGCUGUACAAUUGCAAAUAUGUAUACUUAUUUUUACAGGAGGAUAUUAAUUACAAUAAUAAUGAUAAUAAACUUCGGUUAGACAUAGUGACAGUGAG